AACGCCCAGGCCCUGGCCCAGUGCCGAGUGCCGAGCUGCGUAUGGCGAACCCACCCGAGCAGUCGCACAGUGGAACAGCGUGUGCGUCAUUUGUUACAUUUAUUAUUGUAUUUUUGUGCAUACCCUAGGAAGUGUGUGUAAAGAGCGUAUGGCAGAGAUUGGAGAUUUUAAGAUGUUUCUACUUGAAGUUUUUAAUACGCUGGAUCCCAUGCAGGAAAGUAGGAGAACGUCGAUUGCUAUCAUAGCCUGGGCGGUUUUAAUCUCCAUACUCAUUGUAGAAACAAAUAAUGCAUAUGUUACCUUUCCGAUGGAUUAUACAGGAAAACGCGGAUCGUUCUAUGGGAAGAAACUAAGUGCUUAUCAUACCAAAAUCAAUUUGCUGCAAAAUGAUAUAAACAAAUUGGAAAAGAGCGUUAACUGGUUGCGUUAUAUGCUAGAACAAAAACAACGGGAAAAUGAACGGCUUCCACACAGCUCGUUCACUUAAGGAGUAAAUUAAUGUUUAAUUAAAGAAAAUUCGGCCAAUCAAUUAUAUGCAAUUAAAUAUUGAAUAAACUUACCAUAAGCUCACCAAAAUCCAUUCCUUCAAUGUAUAUCAAUAAAACAUAUAUGUAAGUAUAA